AAAACUGUUUAACUUAAUCUCUUUAAUAUUUUCAUUGAUAUUUUUGCAGUUCUAGAACACAUACUAAAAAUAACAGAAAAACAAAAUAGCACAAUUAAGAGUACUUUCUCUUGACAUUAACUUCUUCAUCCUCUUAAUAAUUUUGAAAACAAUAGGACACAAUAAAUUUGACAGAGACUUUCUAGCAAUCCAAGUGAAAACAAAACCUCCCUCAUAUGAUUUUACUACCUUUUUCUUUCUUCUCUUCAUCUUCUGACUCUUACCUUUUUUCUUUCUUCUCUUCAUCUUCUGACUCUUGUACACCGUCCCUUCCUAUUCUCCCUUUUCUCUUUUUCAUAUUCUAUUAGUAUACUUCUAUUUUUCACCCUUAUGUUUUUUCAUUUUCACCGACAGCUGGUUUUCGCCAACUUCUAAAUUAUACUAAUUUUACUCCUUUGCUCUUUCCAUUAAACUUUCUCAAGAAAGAAUAAGCUUGUUCUUUCUUCUUCCCUGGUUUUCCUCCUUUUGAAGGAACCAAUCACGUCUCCGAAACAAAACUUGUAAUGCAAUCAAGGUUACAACAAGGUAAAUGAUGAUCAACAUGUUUUCAAGAGACAAAAAAAGUGAUAUGAGUGGUCAUAGCAAUCCAAAUGUAGCUGAAUGGGAAUUAAGACCGGGAGGAAUGUUGGUACAGAAGCGAAAUUCGGAUGCGAAUAAAAGCUCUUCAUCUAUCAUCAAUGUCAAAGUGAAAUAUGGUUCUUCCUCUCACCAAAUUCAUAUCAGUUCUCAUGCAAGUUUUGGGCAAUUGAAGAAAACGUUGACAGAAUAUACAGGAUUGCAUGUUGAGGAUCAGAAGUUGAUUUUCAAGAAAAAAGUGAUAGAUUCAAAGUCAUAUCUUGAUGUUGAAAGAGUCAAAGAUGGAUCAAAGUUGGUUUUAAUUGAGGACAUUGAGAGUAGAGAAAGAAGAGUAUUAGAGAAAUUAAAAAUUGCAAACAAGGAAAAAACUUCAAAAUCCUUAAUUAAAAUUAACUUGGAGGUUGAAAAUUUAGCCAAAAAGGUUUCAGAUUUGGAGGAAAUUGCUUCUAUAGGUGGAGUUAUAGAAGAGAUGGAUGUAGAGACUUUAACAGAAAAUUUGAUGAGAAUAUUAAUUACAUUGGAUGAAAUUUAUGGUGAAGGUGAGCUGAAAUUGCAGAGAAAAGAACAGGUUAAGAGAGUUCAGAAGCACAUUGAGACUCUUGAUAUGCUAAAGAUUGCAAAGACAAAGGAAGGUGACAAUGUGGAUUGUGGCAAGAAACAGAAACAACCUUUGAAACAUUGUGAUUCAGUUGUAGUAACAACAAAAUGGGAAACAUUUGAUUAAGAAUGGAUUAAACCGUGUUCUAUAUGUGUAAGUGGUUUUGUUUUCUGUCGGUGUGAUUUUUUUGCUUUGAGAAUUUGGGUUUUGAGUAGGGACCAUGCAAUAAUCAAUUUAGAUGUGUAUGGCAGAGGGUAGUAUUAAUUUUGAGAUAAAUGAUAUGUGAUGUUAGUUUCGACUAUUUCUUGUCUUUUUCAUUUGAAUCCGAGCAUGAUAUCCGAUGUAACAAUAUUUGUCGUAUGAGUUAGGUAUUACGAAUUUGAAUA